AUGCUUCCAGAGCCGGUUGGCAUCCCCACAGAAACAGCUGCAGAACCAGAAAUGGAGGGCCCAGGAGGCAUCCAUGAAAAGCAAGUAACAACAACAUGGCCGGCCCAUGGACAUGGGCAUGAACAUGGUCAUAGUAAAAUGGAACUUCCAGAUUAUAAACAACAGAAGAUAGAAGGGACACCAUUAGAAACUGUCCAGGAGAAGCUGGCUGCACAAGGGCUAAGGGAUCCAUGGGGCCGCAGUGAAGCUUGGAGAUACACAGGUGGCUUUGCAAAUAAUGUUUCCUUUGUUGGUGUAUUAUUAAAAGGAUUCAAAUGGGGAUUUGCUGCACUUGUGGUAGCUGUAGGGGCUGAAUAUUACCUGGAGUCCUGGCAAAAAGAGGCAUCACUGAAGAUAAUACCUGGAAGUAUCUUUUAA